AGAAAGCCAUUUUCGUUGUUUUGAACUCUUUCGCUUACUAGAGAGCAUCUCGCUUGCGAGCUGUUAAAACAACUACUAAAACUAGCUUCAAACUUCAUCAAGACUUUGACUUCGUUUGAAUUUACUUAUCAUCGGGAAGGAGAAUUACUGCUAUUAGUUUUAUCGCUUUUUCUACUUGUAACAAAAAGACCUUGUUUACUACUGCUGCUACUACUAGCACAACGUUUGUAUCUUCCUACAUCAACGUGUAUAAAGAGGAAAAAAAUGAAGACUGCUUGUACUUUGUUGCUCGCCACAACCACUUGUGGCUUGGCACUUCCGAGCUCGACCGCGAUGCCUCCGUACGAGCAAGUCGAAAAGGGUUGGGUUCAAUCGAAGGAGACCUACUCGUCUAUGUUUCUUAAUGGCACUUUGCUCACCAAUGACCAAGUCAAGGGCGUCGUCGAUAACCGCAGUGGUCGCAUGCACCAAGACUCGUGGGUUGCUGCUGUAAAAAAUGCUUUGCAGGUUGACGAGGUGAGGGCGUCUGUGAACAGCAUGGUGAGUGCUAGCGAGGUGUGCAAAGAAAACGGAGGUGUCGACUGCUUCAAGAAGGGGUUUGUGAGCGCUAUCGCAGACAAAGUCGGAGCGCCGUCGGUGGAAACGGAUUGGUUCAAGGGCACUAUCACCGAAGAGCUCACUGAGAAGGCCACGCCUGUGGUAUAACCUAAUAUUUUUUAUACAGCUCUUUAUUUCUGAGGAGUAAAAAAGACGAUAUCUAUGUGAUUCUAUGUGAUCGCGAUUUCAUCUUUUUACCGCUGUACUCAACAAAACCUCCAGGUGUUGCAGUUGGUUAAGUUCAUGGGCACCAAUGGUAUGCUCCCCUUGCUCGAGAGCGUCCAAAAGAUGGACGUUGCCGCCAUGCGCAAGCACGGCUUGGGUCACCUUUUGACCCAGAUGCACGAACUCGCAAAGAGUCCGAUUGCUCCGAUCUUGCUGAAGCACGUCAAGGAAGAGAUUUUCGGUUCCUCCAGCACUCAGGGAUGGAAGAAGAUCUGGCAUGCGGCAAAGGUGUUGUUCAAGGCAACAAAGGACCAUAAUGACCCUCAAGUUGGUAUUUUCGGAAAGAUGCUGACCGCGCGCGUUGAACAACACGCUGGAACGACGGGAGGGGCCCCGGGAGCUGCUGUCAAGGGAAAUGAUCAAGUCACCCUCACAAUCGACGGAGCAACCAAUGAAGUCCAAGACAUGGUCGCAGUGCCUAAGAGCGAUUAUGGUGCUACUUCGUACGCAGAGGCUUGGAACGCUCUGGAGAAAAAAAUCACCGAAGAUAACUUCGGACGUGCCCUAGGGCAACAGGACGUCCCCCACGACAACCGUGGAUACUUUUUGGAGUUGGUCGACUUGGUUGAACGCGUUGUGUCUCAGAACUUGAGCAUUUUCGAGGAUAUCUUCGAUCGAGAAUUUGCAUUGAAGGUGCAGGAGGUUGCUCAGCUCUUCGCUAAGAAUGCCAAGAGCAUGCUGUAUGCCCAGACUGAGAAUUCUACUCCCCAGUAUACCAUCUACGUUCUUUCGAACAGCAAGUUGCACCAGAUGCGUACCUCUUUCCUCGAAGCCACCUUUUCUUCUCUCUUCCGCUUCGACGAGACAUCCACCUUCGCUCUCUUGCGUUUGUUGAAACUGAAGGAGUCUGCUGCUGUGCUCCGAUUGAUCGUCAAGGAGCUGCUUUUUUCGGAGAACCAGAUGGAUUACCUCGUUGACGCUAUGCAUCACGUUACGUAUAAAAUGACGCAGUUUAUGUUGGCGGAACGUGCAAAUGACGCCAAUAUUCGCAACAUGCACAAAGAGAUGGACUCCGUGCUUAAAAACGCCUGGGAAGGUGCAUUCCGUGCUGCCAUUGUCCCUUUGAACGCCCAAGGCGUCCCGAGCGUUCGUACCAGAAUCCCGCACACAGUGGGUGACGAUAUGGGCUUGGAAACUGGCAUUGUGGCAAUUGCAGAACAGCGUGCUCGCGCCGCAGCUGAUCGCACGGCUGAGUGGGCACGAGAGGCAGAGGAAGAGAGACGAUCGCGAAUUACGCCGGAAGCUCUGGACCUCCGUGGUGCACCAAGUGGCCGACAGGUGGACGUGCGUGGCAAAUCUAUCAAGCUUCCGGGUGGUCUUUGGUACCAAGAAGCUGAUGGAAGCGAAAUCACUCUAACGGCAGGGGAAGGGAAACUCCUUGAUCGUCCUGAGGCGGAGCGUCAGUUUGUAGAUGCCCAUAAGGGUCACUUGUUGAAGACUUUGAUGAGGAUGUACGCUUUGCAGGCGGAGAGCUUCUUUGGUGUUUUCACCACUGAAGAUGGUGCUAAGGCGGUGAAAAAGCUCAAAGAAUUGGUCUUCGACCAAUUGAACCGCAACAAGCUGUUUGAAGGGGGUUUUUUGGCGGCGAUAAAAAAGAAUCUCACGCGCAUGUUCAACGCUGUUCGCAACCACUCUAUCCGCAACAAUUUGGUCAUCUUCCGCAUCAACGGAGAGCCAACUACCCUCUUGGUGCGCGAACUUCGCAAGGUGCGUUUUUUUGUCCCGCUUGAAGGUGAAAUCGUUGCGAUCACUGAGGAACCGGCGAAAGACGAGCCCGUUGCUCCGAUCGCCGACCCUGCUCCACCAGCCAACGAUGAAGGUCUUGCAGGUUGGCAAAUCGCUUUGAUUGUGGUGCUUCCGACUUUGGCUGUCCUCGCGGCAGCUAUUGGAAUCUACUUCUACUGCAAGAGUAAGAAGCACGACAAGGGUGCUGCUGCUCAAGAUAAGGCCGCUGAUGCUGCUGCUGCUCAAGAUAACUUCUGGAGCAGUGACUCUGAUGAAGAAGGCCUCUUGCAGGAUGACGAGGUGAUCUAAGAUCAUGAUGGGAAAACUCCAACCCUUGCAGGAAGUUGAUGAAAAGAUGACACUUGAAAGAAGCCUGCUUCAAUAGAAGGAGGUAAGAAUAACCAGGAAAACUCCAACCCUUGCAGGAAGUUGAUGGAGAGGUGACACUUGAAAGAGGCUUGAUCUUCCUGAUGAGUAAGGCGAAGAGGUCUGGCGGAUCUUCUUGGCCCGAUGCAAAGGGAAAAGAAGCGAGGAGUAGACAAAAACGUGAAGGAGCAAACAACUAAUUCAUCUUCUAUACCCCAUGAAUGGGCACACUACUACUACUACUACUACUACUACAACCUCGAGUUAUCUGUAACGAUUUUUUUAAAUGAUCAUGUUAGUUCCUUGUCCACCAAAUUUACAACAAGAUGAAGAUGUUUAAUUACAAGCUAAUAAAGAAGUAUUAAGUAAGAAGAAUGAACAAAAAAGAGGAGUAAAACCAUAUACUAGCGGCACUAAAGGAGAUGGUGAUGUCGUCCUCUAGGAAAUUUUUGGUGUUUUGGGAGAUACGAUAAAGUGCCUACUGCUAGAAGGUGUGAUGAUCGAUGAUGUUGAUGUAAGCUCAUAAACUUCUAGGGAACUACGAGCACACUAGAAGUGCCUCGAGGAUGGUCUGGCAUCAUGGGUUAGACACCAUCCACGCAUGAUGAUCGUGACUAGGAGUCGGGCUGUGCAAUACGAUCCCUACUUUGGUUCGGGUGCUACAUGUCAUAAUCAUUACGUGCAUCUACAUCACUAGCACUUGAUGUACUGAUGAGAUGAAGGUUGUACUGAUGUACUGACUUGUUGUAUUAAGGUGAACAGAUUAUGAAAGGACGAACUAUAUCUUCUGUAUAGGGCCAGCAAGUUGUAAUCUACAGCUAAGGGAUGGUCCUACUAAUGAAUUGCAAGUAGACUUGAAGGUCUAAGAAUACACUACGAGAAGGAACUAGAACUCCCGACUAAUGAAUUGCAGCAAGUGCUAACUACCUAGUACUAACUACUUCCCAUCUACAGGAACCCGAACCGGCAGACCUAUCUACAUAGACGGAAGAAGAAUACACGCUUUUUAGUAGAGGAACUUAGAGGAUGAGCUUUCUUCUGGCAAAGUGGAAAUAGAAUGAAAGAUAGAUGGACUUGAAUGCCAGAAAGAUAGAUGAACUUGGGGGAUUAUCUUCUCGCAAAGUGGAAAUAGAAUGAUCAUUGGCGACUAUGACUGACUGAGACGUAACUUUUCCUCCAAUUCUACGGUAGCAACCAUCAUGAGACUUGUUGCUGAUACAACUACACGUGAUGACCUAGAAGCCGAAGAAACAAGUUGACGCUCGUGGUCUUCGACGUAAAUACUCUUUGAGGUGUCGUCGUUGAACAAAGGAAUGCUUCAACUUCCUCUGUGCGGUCCAAAGGCUUGAAGAAAAGACUCGAAGCAAAAUCUUCAUCAGCAUCCUUUUUGGAACGCCAAGUUGGUCAUAGUCAUUAGGAUCAUCACC